UCUGAGCUAACGACUCGUUUUUUAAUUAUUAACAUCAGCGUUGUUUGAUUUUACUUCCCGUUGCGUCGCACCGUCACUUUGCGGUGUUCUAGUCAAAAGGGGGCGGGGGGGGGAGGCUUUCAUCCUGGAACUAGCUUGGUAGCAUGCUAGCCGGUUAGCAAACUGAGAUAUUGCAGAUUCAUUCUGUUUAGCAUCAGUUAGCUAGCUGCUGUACACAGUGGUACAGAGGGAAGACCACCGAUACCGAGUCCAGAGAAUAGUCAAUUCACGGAAAGUCCCAGUGACGUGCAAAAAUGUCUCGCAGAUAUGAUUCUCGGACAACGAUAUUUUCUCCUGAAGGCCGCCUGUAUCAGGUGGAGUACGCCAUGGAAGCCAUCGGCCAUGCUGGCACAUGUCUGGGGAUUCUAGCAAACGACGGAGUGCUCUUAGCAGCAGAGAGACGCAACAUCCACAAACUGCUCGAUGAGGUUUUCUUCUCCGAGAAGAUCUACAAGCUCAAUGAAGACAUGGCAUGCAGUGUUGCCGGGAUCACAUCAGAUGCCAAUGUACUGACAAAUGAACUGCGGCUAAUUGCACAGAGGUAUUUAUUGCAGUACCAGGAGCCAAUUCCCUGUGAGCAGUUGGUGACAGCUCUGUGUGACAUCAAGCAAGCCUACACACAAUUUGGAGGAAAGAGGCCGUUUGGUGUUUCUCUGCUGUACAUGGGUUGGGACAAACACUACGGUUUCCAGCUGUACCAGAGUGACCCCAGCGGCAACUACGGAGGCUGGAAGGCAACGUGCAUCGGCAACAACAGCGCUGCUGCUGUGUCCAUGCUGAAGCAGGACUACAAAGAGGGAGAGAUGACUCUGUCCUCUGCUUUGGCUUUGGCCGUCAAAGUCCUCAACAAAACGAUGGAUGUCAGCAAACUCUCGGCAGAAAAAGUGGAGAUUGCCACCCUGACACGAGAAGACGGGAAAACAAAUAUCAAGGUUCUUAAACAGAAAGAAGUCGAGGAGCUCAUCAAGCGACACGAGGCUGAAGAGGCAAAGGCUGAGAAAGACAAAAAGGACAAGGAGCAGAAGGAGAAGGACAAAUGAGCAAAAAACAUUCUCCCCCUCAUGUCAUCAUAUUCUGUAUGUUUUGUCUUUUACAUUAAAAGUUUGGAAACUGA